CUUAUUAAAUAGUUUGUAACAAUGAAAAGUAAACAUGGUUUUGUGGCUCCUGUGAGGAAGCCAGUUGAGACCAUAGAGGAACUGAGGAAGAUCUGGGAGGGCGACAGGGAGUGGGAAACCAGGCGUCAGUUCCUCGACAGACACUGGGGCACCUUGGAACCCUUCGAACUGGACUCCUUAUCGUCGGCAUGGCUCAACAAUCUGGUCCUAGGAUGUAGGUAUCCAAAAGCAACGAUAGAGCGAGUCAAACAAUUAUCGGAAGGACUUACAGUCGAAAAUUUGGUUCAACUUCGAGGAGUUCCGAAAGAGUUCGUGAAAGCAUCUGGCUCAGACGAACACGAAGAGAAUGAUGAGUCAUCGCAGCCGACAGAAUCAACGUCGGUUAAGCCGGCGGAUACUUCAAUUGUGGGAAAGAAUCCAUUCAAAAAACGCAAGGUUGAAACUAGUUUUGACCAGGGCGAAGCUUCACAAGAUACUAUUGAGCAAGUUCGGGAAGAGGCAGCAGGUAUCAAGGCCUUCAAUUCUUCAGAAACAAAUGAAGUUGUCACAAAAGAAAAGAAGUCGAAAAGUGGUUCGAAAAAUAUGGCUUUUUCUAAAAGCGAAGAUAGUUUGAAUAGUGUAAAAAGUAAUGAGAAUAAAUUUUCAAAGAUAGCGGAAAUGACGAAUGAAAUUGAAGUUCUAGAGGAUGGGAGUGAAACUAAGAAAAAGAAGCGCAAAAAGCGAGACGCCGAAUCGACUGAAAGUCUUUCGGAGUCGCAAUCUAGUUUCAAAAAAAUAGAAGUAAUAACUAUCGAGGACGAAUCAGAAUUGGCUGUUCCUAAAAAGAAGAAAAAGAAAGCAGAGAAAAUAGUUUUCGAUCUUGAGGAUUCAGCUGAAAUGAAUGCACCCGCAAAAACCAAAAUGAUAUUUACUAAAAGUGAAGAUAUGUUACAAAGUGUUCCAGUUGUUAAAAAACCGAUCCUAGAACGGUCUCUCAAACCAAUUGCAGUUUCGAAAGAAAAAGAAAAGCCAAAGCAUGCUCCAAUAGUUUUUGAUACAGUUGACGGUUCCACUAAAACAAAUGUUUCUUCGAACCAAAUUUCAAACCAAGAAAUUCCUCUUAAUCUUAUUGAAUUCAGAGCGCCACCUUUCCGGAUUAGGAAGCAAAAUGCUUCGCCGUUGCAAAGAGUUCUCUUAGUAGUUCCGUUUUGCGAUAUGAAUCUAAAUUUAGAACAUGCCAUAAUAAUGAACGCAUUGAGCUGGGGCAACAUUCCACAUUUCUUUGAUUUUCAAUUAAUGGGUGACAGUGUAAAAUGUGUUUUAAGCAUACAAAAUAUGAUGGUAAGUUCAGCGGUUGGCGUUUCACAAGAAGCUGCGAAAAAAGUAUGCACCAAGAAAGCGUACAACAAAUUAAUAAAUACUAAUAUCGUUUUAAAACGUGAAGAUAUGAACGCGAAAGAGUCGAAUUUUGAAGCUACAGAACUGAUUUCUGAAGAACCACUUCCCGUUAACAUAACAAACAGUGGAGCGCUUCCGCUGGGCGAUUCCCUGUCGCAGUCAAAUAUGGGCCAUAAAUUGCUUAUGAAAAUGGGAUGGUCUGGGGCGGGUCUGGGAAAAGAACAACAAGGUCGCGUGGAACCGGUUGCCGCGGUCGCAAAUGUCCGAAGAGCAGGUCUAACAGAUGAGAUAUCACGUAAAAGUGUCAACGGGUUAAGGUUGACAAAGGAAACGGCGCAAAAGUUACUAGAAGACUACGCUUAUUCUGGGUCUGAUGAGCCGAUAGUGUUUUCGGCCGAAUUCAACAACGCAGAAAGGGCUCUCAUUCAUCAAACAGCUCAGGCUAUGAAACGAAGAAGCGGGAUUAAUUUGGAGACGAAAUCUUUUGGAAAAGGGGAGGAAAGAAAAUUAACAGUUGCUGUCAAGUACAAUCCAGAAGAUAUUUUCGAGCUUGCAAAACAAGUUGGGCAAAAAUUUGGAAAACUAGAGAUCAUUAGUAUGGGUGUCUUUGGAUAAUAGACUGACCUUUUAGUUUUUGUAUUCUCUUAGACGUAUAAUUGCUAAUCGGUCCUAUAUUCAAAUUAGAACUUCCUUGUGA